AUGAAUGGACUUGGACCCUUCUCCUACCUAGGCUGAAGCCUGUUAUUCGACAGAGCGAUUUUGAUAAGCUCCCUGAGCAGCCUUACAAUGUUAACAGCACAUGAGCAUAUUAGUGCAGGUGGGGAGGCCAUGAAUGAAAACAAACUUCUGAACACAGACUCCAGCACAGGAUCAGUGGAAACAACUGUCAAGCCGUUACCAUUUAAAGAUCCAAAAUUCAUUCACUCCGGCAUUGGUGGAGCAGCAGCUGGCAAGAAGAACAGAACUUGGAAGAACCUAAAACAAAUUCUUGCUUCUGAAAGGGCAUUGCCAUGGCAACUAAAUGAUCCUAGCUAUUUUAGUAUUGAUGCUCCUCCUUCCUUUAAGCCUGCCAAGAAAUAUUCGGACAUUUCAGGACUUCCGGCAAAUUACACAGAUCCCCAGAGCAAGCUGAGAUUUAGUACUAUUGAAGAAUUUGCCUAUAUUCGGAUGCUCCCUUCAGAUGUGGUUACAGGAUACCUGGCUCUAAGGAAAGCAACAAGUAUUGUUUCCUGAAAAGACCAAACAUUGUUGUAUAUCUCUUGCAAACAGUGCUAAUUUUGAGAAUCAAGAUGGAAACUGACUGCGGGACUGAGGUUCCUUAAAACUCUCCAUGGAUAUUUACAUCUGGAAGUAGUUGGUGAUACAUGGAUUUGAAGAACAUAUGGAUUUAAUUUUGAUAAAUGCUGAUAUUUGUUAGUUUGCCAAUUUGUAAGCAAUUUGGUUUGGUGAAUAGAAUAACUUAGACCUUAAGAAUACGGAUCUGCACCAUAAUGUCUGAGUUAUAUUAAUUUCUGUAGAGACAGGAUUUCAUCCCCACCCUAUAUAUUUUAUGUACUGCUCUGGCUCAGAAGAAAGAGUCAUUUGAAUUAAGGAAAAGGUACCAAGAUAUUCCAGCUUCUAAAUCUGCUUUGCAGAUGCGCUUCCCACUUGGCUAUGAAGGAGUUUGUUCAACCUGUAAAAUGAAGUUAAAAUACCUAGCACGUGCUGCUAUUGUGAUGACUGUUUAUGAUACUAAGCACUGUG